AUGAGCAGUGGUUAUUGGAGUAGCGGUAAUGGCGGCGCCGGUAUCAGAAAGUCAUCUGCAACAGUACCGGCAGCAGCAACAGCAAAGUCAAAGCCAGAGAUCAUUGACUUGGACACUGACGAUGACGACGAUGAUGUUAUGCUUCAAGGUGGUGGUAAUGUCGUAGCACGUAAACCAUCUCGUCAAAGAACUUUUGUUGGUAGUAGCGGUAGCAAUAGCAAUAGUAGUAGCAGUAGCAGUAGCAGUACAACAUCAACAUCAACUUCUACAUCAUCAACAAAAGAUCAAAAGAAAGAAAACAAGACACCAAAUACAUCAAAUACAAAUACAAAUACCAACAAGACAUCAAAUACAUCAACUGAAUCAACAUCAACAACCAAUAAGAAUAAAGUAGAAAAGACAGAGUUGGUUGGAGAAACCUCAACUGCAGAAAAAGAAACUGCACCCAAGAAGAAACCUCUUAUUAUACCAUCGCCCUCAGAGAGUGAUUCAUUCAUGCGGGUAUCAAGUCCCGGAUUAUCAUCUCAUCUUUUACACACUGGCAAGAAUAUACUAGUACCAAGACAAUCGAGUACUAUCCUCGGUGGUGAUAAUAAUAAUAAUAAUAAUAAUAAUAAUAAUAAUAAUAAGAACAACAAACAAUCUACAUCGACAUCGACAUCAACGACAACCAUUUCACAAGGAUCUGCAACGACACCAUCGACAUCAACAUCCUCAGCAUCCAUCCCCUCAUCUCAACCAAACUCCUCUGUUGCAAUUGAUAAUGAUAGUAAUGAUAAUAAUAAUAAUAAUAAUGAUACCAAUGAUAUUACAUUUAAUGACAACGAUGUUAUUUUAAAUGAUAUUAGUAAUGAUACCAACAAUAACAAUAAUAAUAAUAAUAAUAAUAAUGAUAAACCAAAUGAUGAUAAACCAAAUAAUAAUAAUCCAAGUAAUAUCAAUCCCAUAUUAUUUUCAAGCAUUGGUAAAGGAGGGGGAGGUAGCAACAUUAACAAUAACAGUACCAACAACAACAACAACAACAACAACCUUAAUAGCAGUAGUAAUAAUAGUAAUAAUAACAAUUCUAGUAUGAAUGUUGAUUCACCUAUAUCUAGUCCUCCACCUCCAAUAUCAACAACCAAUGAUAUAUCAACAUCUGGAUCUACCAUUACGACAACAACAUUGCAGAAAACUCAUCAACCAAACAGACCCAAACCGAUUGAUCCGAGGGUCCAUCAACUUUUAGGAGAGAUUGAUCUAUUAGAGUACCAAGACAUUUUGGCAAAUGAAUGUAUGACUUGGGAUGUAUUAAAGAUUUGCACAGUACAAGAUUUAAAACAAUUGGGAAUCCCCUUUGGUCAUUCACUUUUAAUUAAAUCUAAAGUUAAAGAUUCACCAAAUACUACACCAGUUCCAGCACCAGUAGUGGUACCACCAGUCGUUUCACCUCAGCCAAGUCCUGAUUUCUUGAUGCAAAUGUUCCAAACUUUGGUUCAAAGUUCGGUUCAACAACAAACAAGUCCUGUAAACUUAUUCUCUUCUUUUCAGAAUAUGUUUAGUUCUUAUUCACAGCAACAACAACAACAACAACAACAACCUCAACCUCAACCACAACAAACUCCACCUCAACCUCCACAAUCACAACCUCCUCAACAUCAACCACCUCCUCAAACCUCACCUUUACAACCAACUCCACCUUUACAAUCACCCAUUUCACCUUCUCUAAGUAGAUCACAGAUUGAUACAAGCUUUGAUUCACCUCUAACCCAUGAAGAUUUGGGUGGAUUUGAUACAACGACAAGUGAAAAAGAAGAACAAGAAGCAAGAGAAAAUGAAGCAAAAUUGGAAAAAGAGAAACAUGAUCAACUUGAAAAGGAAAGAUUGGAAAAGGAAAGAUUAGAACAACUUGAAAAAGAGAAAUUAGAACAAGAGAGAUUAGAAAAGGAACGAUUGGAAAAGGAGAGACUUGAAAAAGAAAGAUUAGAACAACUCGAAAAAGAACGAUUGGAAAAAGAGAGGUUGGAACAACUCGAAAAAGAAAGAUUAGAACAACUUGAAAAAGAACGAAUAGAAAAUGAGAGGUUGGAAAAGGAAAAGUUGGAAAGACUUGAAAAAGAACGAUUAGAAAAAGAAAGAUUAGAACAACUUGAAAAAGAACGAUUGGAAAAUGAAAGAAUUGCCAAUGAAAAGAAGGCUGAAGAGGAGAGAAUCGUCAAAGGAAGAGAGGAAAAGGAGCGCAAACGAUUGGAAGAUGAAAGAGUGGAAAAGGAGAGAUUAGAGAAUGAGAGAAUUGCAAGAGAAAAGAAAGCAGAGGAAGAUAGAAUCAUUCGUGAUGAAAAAAUAAGAGCUGCAAGAGAAACUGCUGAACGUAUCACUAGAGAAACAUUGGCAAAUGAUCUAAAUAAUAAUAAUAAUAUUAAUUUUAGAAACUCUCGUGAUAGAGAUGAUCCACAACAACAACAACAACAACCAUCUAGGUCAUCUAGAGAUAGAGAUGAUAGAGGAAUAGAUUUUAGAAAUUCGAGAGAUGGUAACAACUUUAGAGGUUCAAGAGACGAUACUCCACAUUUUAAUAAUAGGGAUGAAAGAAAUCGAUAUUAUGAUAAUAAUAGAGAUCCAAGAAGAAAUAAUAAUAAUAAUAAUAUUAAUAACAAUAAUAAUAAUAAUAAUAAUAAUAAUAAUAAUAAUAAUAUUAAUAACAAUAUUAAUAAUAAUAAUUAUCCUAAUCAAUUUGAAGGAAGAGGAUCAAAAGAUAGAGAUGGUGAUGAAGUGAUGGGAGAUCAUCAAUAUCAUCAACCACCAGCACCACAAACAUCACCAAAGAAAACGUCAAGAAUAACAGAAGAUGAAAUCAUGACUGAAGAGUAUAGAAAAAAGAUUGAUGGAAUGAAGGGACCGGUUAAUGUGGCCGAUGCAUUGGGAGCACAACCUACUUUUAGAUCUGCAUCGACACCACCAGUUUCAGCUCCAUCUGCAGCUACUGCACGACCUCAAUCAUCAACAAGAGGAGAUGUAUCUGGAGUCGAGUUGGAAGGAAUCAUAGAGUUUGUUGGUGAAAAGAGACAGGAAUGGUUGGACAAGAAUCUUGGUCGAUUGAAGAAAGAUGCAUUGGCCAAAUACAACAAGAUUCACAAGAAUAUGCUAUCGUAUCGUACAGAUCUUUCCAAUAUGAAUAAUCGUACCAUGAGAGCAUUGUCGUCGCUUGUUCAAGACGAUGUCUCCAAGUUUAAAAAGGAAGGAUGGAAGCUUGUCGAACAUCAGUUCCAAGAGUACUGGGAGCUCGAGUGGCACUUUACACUUGCCGGUCGAGAUGAGCCACCCUCUUUUGGAGAGGCUGCAGAGCAGGUGGAUACAAAGUCACCAAAAAAACAAACAAAUAGAGCAGUCAUUCUCGAAGACGAAGAUAGUCUAAGUGAAAAUGAAAAUUGGGAUGAAGAUCAAGAUAUAUCGUUAAACAAAUCAACAACAUCUACUACUAGCACUAGCACUACCACAACUACUGGUAGCGGUAAUAUUAAAGAUCGUUUUAAUCUCAAUGAAACAUUAUAUAAUCCAUCAAAACAAUUACCAAAGAAAAGAAAAACCGAUAAAGACAACAAUAGUGAACAACCACCACAACAACAACAAGCAGAUGAUAUGCAAGUGGAUCAAGACGAAGAUGAAGAAUUAAUUGUACAUAAAAAACACAAGUCUACCGAUAUAGAAGAUACAAACACCACUGCGACCGAGAAUAGUUCGACAGACGAGUCAGACAUUGAACUAUUCCCUCCACCAAAGAAACCUGCAGCCGGUGGUCUCAAGAAACCUGCCACUAAAAAAUAUACAACCGACGAUGACUAUGAUGAUUCCGAUGAUUCCGACUCGUCGUCGUCUUCAGAGUAUUCGUCGUCAGACUCUGGAUUUGAUUCGAGUAGCUUCUUUGACGACGAUAGUAGCGACAGUUACACAGACAGCAGCUCGGACGAGAGUGGCGCAGAAAACACCCAGCGAAAAGACCCGUCUACAAAGCAGCCGGCCAGACCGGCCAAACUGCUCAGCAAGCAGUCGUCCAAGGUCAGACCCAUCUCUCCCAAGAGUACAGGGGUGGUGCGCAAACUAUCGACCAAAAAGGUAGAGGAUGUCAACGAAGACACACUGCGCAUCCGACGAAAAGAAGAGGAAGAGGCAAUCAAGAUUCAAAAGCUGCGCAAAGAGAGAGAAGAUAGUUAUAGUCGUGACAAGUCGUUGGUCUAUGCCGGCAAGACGCCGUCAGACGAUAUUCUCAUCCACCGACAGCUCAGCACCCUACUCAAGCCGCACCAGAUCCUCGGUGUGCGGUUCAUGUGGGAGAAUAUCAUUGCCAAGGAGAAGGGUUGCAUUUUAGCACAUUCAAUGGGGCUCGGCAAGACUCUGCAGGUCAUCACACUCAUUCACACUCACGUUCAAUACGCGAAAACCAAAGCCAAGUACCUGCUGAUCGUGCCAGCCAACACUCUCUACAAUUGGAAGAACGAGUUUAGUAAAUGGUUGCCACAAGACGCCAACGAUGUCAAAGUCACCAUUUACAUGCCACGUUCCACCGAGUCCAAGAAGCGUGAGGUCACCAAAGACAUCAACAACUGGCACAGCAAUGGCGGUGUCAUGUUGCUCACAUACGAGUACUUUAUGUACUUUUACAGCGAUCAAGAGUCGCAAAAGUCUACCACAUCUGAUUUCCAAAAGUUGAUACAUUGUGACAUGGUCUUUAUCGAUGAAGGUCAUAAAAUCAAAUCACAAUCUACCAAAUCCUAUAUAUCAAUAUCCAAGAUCAAGACUGACAAACGUGUCAUUCUCACUGGUUAUCCUUUACAAAACAAUCUCAAGGAAUAUUAUACAAUGAUUAAUUUCAUUAGAGAAAAUUAUCUUGGUUCAACUGUAGAGUUUAGAGAUCGAUUCAUAAAACCAGUUGAAAAUGGUUCAAAAGAAAAUGCUACAAAAUUUGAAUAUGAUGAAAUGAGAAGAAGAUUAUCAGCAUUAUCAAGUUUAACAAAAGAUUUUAUUUUUAGAUUAGGUCCACAAGUUUUAGAAAAAGAAUUACCAAAAAAAAUAGAAACUAUUAUUUCAGUUAAAGGAACAGAGAUUCAAUAUAAAUUAUUGGAUAUUUUAACAAAGUUGGGAAAGAGAAUUAUUGAAAGUCAAGAAUUGGGAAGUUUGAUUUGUAAUCAUCCAGAUACACUAUUGGAGCGAAAACCGUUGUCUGUAAAGGAUAUUAACAAGAAAUCGGUUAGAGAGUUGCGUGAUUUGUUGAGAAAUCAUCACUUGCCAUCACACGAUUGCACAGAAAAGGACGAGUUGGUGAAACGUGUACUCUAUGUCAAUGAGUGUCGUUUCCUUGCAGUAGACUCGCCGUUUAUCGGUGAACUCGAUUCGACAGUCUACCGAAAGGGAGUGAUUGAACACAGCACCAAGAUGGUCAUCCUUUUCAAGUUGCUCGAGCAAUGCGUGGCUCUAAACGAGCGAGUCGUGCUCUUUACAUCGUCAAUCGCCACACUCAACCUGCUCGAGUACUUUUUGCAGCUGCGUGAGGGGUUCAAGUGGCGCCAAGGUGUUGACUACUUUCGUCUGGAUGGCACGACCCGUCCCCAGGACCGUCAGAUCAUGAUCCACAAGUACAACGAUCUGACCAACUCGAUCAAGCUCUUUCUCAUCUCGACCAAGGCCGGCAGUCUGGGUACCAACCUAACAGGUGGUACACGUGUCAUCCUCUUUGACCUCAUGUGGAACCCUGUGCAUGAGCGUCAAGCAGUGUUCCGGUGCUUCCGUAUCGGUCAGACCAAACCAGUCUAUGUGUACACCAUCAUCACGGCUGCCACACUUGAAGAAAACAUGUACCCGCGUCUCAUCUCCAAACAACAGUUGGCCAAGCGUACCAUUGACCGUGAGGCGCCCAAACGCACGCCGUCGGCCGUCCCAGCCAACAUCAUGGACACUACCACCAAUUCUUUAGAGCAAGAUACUGUCGGUGUCCAAGAGCUCAUUGACAAGUCGGAUGAUCCCGUCCUCAAAAACACCGUCAACUCUUCCAUGUCCAAUAUUGUCAAGUUGCACGACUUUACCUCCUUUUUCGAAGAAGACGCAGUCGGUCAUCUCACCAAAGAAGAAGAGGAAGCAGCACUCCACAAGGUUCGUUUGGAAAUGGAAAACAAAUCAGUUCCUCCAGGUCGUCAAGAAAGAGUUAGAGUAUUUGAUUUCUAUAAUCCUCCUUCUUUAACAAAAACUACUCCAAUGUAUUAA